CUACCCUCUGGCGAAAUGGGUCUCCCUUGGAUUGGAGAAACAGUCGAGUUUUACAAAGCUCAACGUACCAAUCAAUUGUUCGAGAACUUUUUUCAACCAAGAAUCAUGAAGCAUGGCCAGGUGUUUAAAACAAAGCUCAUGGGAUCACCAACGGUGGUCGUAAAUGGAGCCACCGCAAAUAAGUUCUUCAUGUCCAACGAGUUCAAGUUGGUGGUAAGCUCAUGGCCAACUUCAUCAGUAGAGUUAAUGGGAAAGAACUCAAUCAUGGAGAAACAAGGAGACUCGCAUCGUUGCCUUCGUGGAAUCAUCACUUCCACCCUCAGCAUUACCGGACUCCAGGCUAUGGUGCCAAGAAUGUGCAGCUCAAUUCAGAAACAUCUUCAGCAAAACUGGCAACACAGUGAAGAAAUUAGUCUGUAUCGAUCCACAAAAAUGCUUACUUUCACCAUCGUGCUUGAAUGCUUGUUUGGGAUUGGGAUUGAACCAGAGACGUUGUUUGGUGUUUUUGAGCGUGUUUUGGAAGGCGUUUUAUCUCCUCCGGUAAAUUUUCCGGGGAGUAAAUUCUCAAGAGCCAAGAAGGCAAGAAGAGAGAUAGAAAAGGUUUUGAUUACUGAGGUCAGAAGAAAGAGAGAGGAAAUGGAAGGUGGGAGAGAUGAAGAAGACGGCAUGCUAUUUUCUAAGUUGGUGGCUGCGUUGAUUAGAGGUGAGAUUACAGAAGAGGAGGUUGUUGAUAACGUGGUUUUAUUAGUCUUUGCAGCUCAUGAUACCACGUCUUAUGCCAUUACGAUGACGUUUAAGAUGCUCGCAACCCACCCAGACUGCUAUUCUCUUCUACUAAAAGAACAUGAAGACAUUGCAAGAAACAAAAAGCCAGGUGAAUCUUUGACGCUUGAAGAUGUGAAGAAAAUGGAGUAUACAUGGCAAGUAGCUCGCGAGACCAUGCGACUCUGCCCUCCCAUCUUUGGUUCCUUCAGAAAAGCAACAACUGACAUUGAAUUCGAAGGAUUUACAAUUCCCAGAGGCUGGAAGGUGCUUUGGACUACAUAUGGAACACAUUAUGAUGAAAGGUGCUUUCCGGAUCCAAUGAGUUUCAACCCGAGCAGAUUUGCGGAUCCAGUUCAAGCUUACGCUUUUAUACCAUUUGGUGGAGGGGCUAGGCUGUGUGCAGGCUACCAACUAGCAAAGCUCAAUAUUCUUGUUUUGGUGCAUUAUGUUGUAACACAAUAUAACUGGUCGUUGCUAGACCCCGAGGAGCCAAUAUUCAUGGAUCCACUUCCAUAUCCUUCUAAGGGGAUGCCUAUAAGAAUAUCUCCCAAGUCUGACAAUUAA